UUUUUUUUUGGAGUUUGUAUUAGGCCUAUGUCCCUUUAACGCUUCCGUACUAUUUACUUGCCUCUCAACUAUUGCUAGUUUCUACAGCAUCAAACAGCCGUCGUAUAACCUCGGUCACGCGGUCACGGCCAUUGAUCUCCAUAUAUAAUGGAGAUCAAGGGUCACAGUCCAACGCAUAUUAAUUUUGCCUUUGUCAUCACGUCAUCACGACCUCUACGCGUAACCGAACGACGUGAGGGGGAACGACGUGAGUUGCUGAAAAUGGCGGAUUCUAAACCCAAACGCCUCGCUCUGUGGACCACUGCGCGUUGCUUGUCUACUGCCAUGGUGAUGAGCUUUGGUAACUAUGGCAACGUGGAAGUCUUCAAUGAACUGUACACAGGAGCAGCCACUUUCGGCCCGGAAAGCACCAUUCAUUUGCCCGUGCCGUUCCCUGUGGAUGACGAGAUGACGUAUGAUGACGUCAAGACGCUCCUAGAGGCCGAUUAUCCAACCAGAGAUCUGGUUUUCGUCAAAGACCUCGCCGCUGCCGUAACGGGGCGGUACGACAAACUGCCGACCGGUUACACGCACGCGUUCAUCAUCCGCAACCCAGAAAAAUCCGUCAGCUCUAACAUGCGACUGUUUGAGCGCACGGGGACAACGAUUGAUCAGUUCGUGCAACUCACUACAAUGACCGUCCAGGGCUCCGGAUUCGGAGACCUGGUCAAGUUGGCAGAGCAUCUUGAGUCUUGGCUGGGUAAACCUCCCGUGAUCUUAGAUGCAGAUGACCUCCAGCGUGACCCUGAGAAGAUGCUGCGUGCAUUCUGCAAGGCCCUGGACCUCCCGUUCCGAGAAUCUCUCCUCAAGUGGGAGCCCAUCACGGAGAUACCUUGGAACAACUCCAAGGCCAUGCUCACCCUCCACAGGGCUAACGGGGCUUACGAAAACGCCCUCAAGAGUUCGGGAUGGAUUGUCACCGACCCCAAGCCCGUUGAUAUGAGUGGUCUGCCGCAGGUACUUCGUGAUGUAAUCGACAAGUCGCGGCCAUUCUACGAAAUACUUCAUGGAAAACGUUUGAAGCCAGAAAACUAGUUGAUUUGGAUCUUGUUUGCACUGCAAAAUGACAUACAGUACACACUGCAGUGGAAUCUUUUAUGUAGUAUUCUUGUAACUGUCAAUGUUUCAACUCUUAAAAAUAUUUAGGAACUAUUAGCUAAUAACCAAUUGGAGGAAUAUUUGUUGAAAAUUGGAACACCCUUCGAUGUUUUUCUUCAAAUAUGGCGAUAGUUUCCUUUCAGAUAUUGACCCAAGGGCAUUUAUUACGCCAUUUUUUUUAAGCACAGCGUAUUUGGUUAUUAAUUGUGGCACUUCAACCAAACCAACCGCGUGUACCAAUUAAGGUAUAUCGAUCGGACACUUGGGUGGGAGGAUAGUAAAAAGUCAAGUAAAAUAAAACGUCAGUCAAUAAUAUUGAUCCUGCCAUCACGGACAAAGCAUUUUGGUGACCAACCCUGAGAUUACCAAUCAAAGAAUGAAGGUUGGCCCGUGAUGAAACGCUUGGUGCUCAAUGUCAAGUGUUUACAUUAUGCUUCACCGUAUUCAGGAAUAGCAUUUUGGUGUGCGGUCGUUCAGUGGCGUUAUUUUGCAGAAGACGACUUAGAAGAACGGUUCCAGUGUUUCUGCUCCUACAAUUUCCCGCGCUAAGAUGCGUCCCGCGGUAACUUUGCUCCUUGUUGUGGGCGUCGGGCAUGUCUUUGUUUUCGCCUCUCUGUGCCCACCAGAAUGGCAGCGCUUUGGUGACUCCUGCUACGUCAUGUUGACGCAACGGAUGAGCUGGCACAAGCGGACCGAUCUUGCCAGGAAAUGGACGCUAGUCUAGCUGUUCCCAACUCUGCACCUGAACAACAAUUUCUGUGGGAGUUGUUCCUGCAAACUUUCGAUAACAAUC